AUGUCGUCGACUGGAGCUUAUUUCAAGUUGGGCGAAAAUGCGUUGGCUGUCCCCAUGGAGCUGCAUAAAUUGAAUCGUGCAAAUCUCUGCCGUCGCAUCCAAAAAGUCUGGUCUGACCUCGCAGCCACAACAGGAGGUGCGCCAACACAGGACCUUGCUGGAGUUUAUAUUCUUCUUCAAGGAGGCUCCGCCGUUCCUCAUGGUGGUUCCGAUGCUGAUGAUGUCUUUCGGCAGGAGUCAUACUUUCAUUGGGCCUUUGGCGGUUUAGAGCCUGAUUGGUACGGUGCUAUUGAAGUGACGACUCAACGCGCGAUUCUCUUUGUCCCCGAAAUUCCUGAAUCGGUGGCUGUGUAUAUUGGGGAACCCCUAUCGCGUGCUCAAAUUGCGGAGAGAUACGCUGUGGAUGAAGUUCAUUUCACCAAUAAAAUCUGCGAUUUCUUCACCGACCACAAGGCUGCACUGCUGCUUACUUUGUAUGGUCUGAACACCGACAGCGGCCGACCUACGGCAGAGGCUAAAUUCGAGGGGAUCGAAAAGUGA